GCUUCACGCGGUUUGUUAUUGAAGCGCAGCUCCUUUAAAUGAGAGGGGAGAUGUUGACGGCCCCGGAGUUCAUGAAGUUGAAACACAUAAGGUUUUUAAUUGCUCUGUGAACCCGGCGACGCUUAAAAUGUCAGCGGCUCACGAUCAAGUGAAGAAGCGCCGCCCCCCGAAGGUGUUUUUGAUCUCGACCGACCUGAAGGUCCAGGACGAGCUGGACGGUACCAUUCUGCUGCAGCGGGGGUGGAUAUGCCACGAGCAAGACUCUGGCAGGAACAGAGGCGAUUCCUCUUGGGUCAAGGUGUUGGAUAACAGCUCCAUGUUGAAAAUAGAAAGGAAGUUUCUCCUGGAAGUCCCGACCGAGCUCAACGGCCUGUUGGAGCCCGUCUCUGACCCGGAGGCUCGCCUGAAGCUCCUGUGUAACCCCGCGAAGCUGCAGCUCUUGGCCUCGUUGCCGGCGGACGCUCCGCUGUGGGUCCAGGUGGGAUCGCAGGACGAGCUGGCGGAGGCCGACCUCAAAUACGUCGGCCCGCUGACCCGCGGCGGCGGCGUUCUGUUCGGGGUGCAGCUCAAGGGUUCGGCCGUCGGCAAGGGAACCGGCAACGGCUCCUACAAGGGCCAGCGGCUCUUCGGCUGCCCCGACGGCUGCUCCCUCUUCGUGCCGGUCAGCCACGUCCGGCUCCGCAGCUGGGCUCACGAGCCGACCCGCGAGCCGACCCGCGAGCGGGACCGCCACCGCCACCACCUUCGCUCCCGCAGCAACGACGCCGCCGCCGACCGGCCGAGCCCCCCCCAGCAGCAGCAUCACAGUCGUCACGCCGGCCUCCACCCGCGCCGCUCCGCCAGCCCGCCUCCGGCUCCGGGCGUCCUCUCUCGAGCGGCCGAGUCGGCGCCGCUCGCGGCUCAAAACCAGGUUCAGGUCCGGGGCCCGGCGGCGUCAUCGCCGCCGCGGCUCCACGUCGGCCAGCGGGUGUGUUUCGCCUCGGACGGCGGCGGCGUCCACGGGGGGGAGGUGUGCUUCUGCGGCCCGCUGCCCGGCCGGUCCUCGUCGGGGUCGUACGUCGGAGUCCUGCUGGACGCUCCCGUCGGUCACUGGGACGGCCUCUACAAAGGAGAGAAGCUCUGCCACAUUCCUAACCCUCUGUACGGACUCCUUCUGCCCGGCAACAAGGUUUCCGCAGAGUCGAGGUCCCACCGGCACCCCCCCUCUCCCCGGGUCGGCAGACCCGUCCUGAAGCCGGCGCCGCCCCCCCUCGCUAAACCGGGCGCCACGUCGCCGUCGACCUCGGCUCCCAAAGUCGCCCUGAUGCCUCCCAGCAAGCUGUCGCUGAAGCCUCCUCCUCUUCCUCUUCCUCUUUCUCCGCUGCUGCCGCCCAAGCCCACCCACGGGGGCCCGCCCCCUCCGCCACCGCCCAAACCCGGCCGCAGCCCAGCGGCGCCGGCAUCGCCCGCCGGCGAGCGGCUGCAACACAACGGCGCCCACCGCCCGCCUUCGCCGAUGAGGUCGCCCGACGGCAGCGAGGACGCACGCGAGGACGAGGAGGAGGAUGAAGAGGAGGAGGAGGAGGAGGAGGCGGGGCCGGAGGGCGAGCUGGAGGUGGGCUCGAUGGUCGAGGUCAACGACCCGCCGCUCGUCGGGGUCAUCCGCUGGAUCGGACUCAUCGCCGGGGUUACGGAGCCGGUGGCGGGAAUUGAGCUGGACCAGGAGUUGUCUGCAGGAACCGACGGCAGUUUCCUCGGCGAGCGUCACUUCCGUUGCCCGGGCAACAAGGGGCUGUUCGUCAAGCUGCGCAACUGCCGCCGCGACUCCAGGUUCCCCGCCCCCGAGACGCCCGUCAACCAGGUGGAGCGCUGCAACUCCAUCGCCUUCGCCGAGUGGGGCAGCGAGCGCGUGGAGGAGCACACGCCGCCGUCGGACGGGGCCGAGGCCGCCGAGCUCUACCACGGCUGGAAGAGAGGCAUUCAGGGACACCUCAACUCGUGCUACCUGGACGCCACGCUGUUCAGUCUGUUCUCCUGCUGCAGCUCGGUGGACUGGGUCUUGUUUUGGCCGUCGGACUCCGAAACCGAGCAGGACUCCAGCGAGGCGCAGGACCUGCUGCGCUGCGAGAUCGUCAACCCGCUGAGGAGGAAUGGCUACGUGUGUGCCAGUAAGACCAUGGCCUUGAGACGCCUGCUGGAGGCCGCCAAUAGCGACAUGGGCUUCACCAAUCAGGAGAAAGAUCCCGAAGAGUUCCUCAUCAAGCUUUUCCAGCUGCUCCGAGUCGAGCCGCUCCUCAAGAUCAGAUCGAUGACUCAGCGUCCUCAAGAGGGUCACCUCUACCAGCUGUUCCCGCCCACGCCCGCACUCCCCCCCUCCCCGCCCCCCUCUCCCGUGGGCUCCCCCGCCCCCAUCACCUCGCCGUCGCCCGGCCGCAUGAGGGUGGCCAGCGUCCAGGCGCUGCUCGAGUCCUCCUUCCUGCACGCCGGCCUCAAGUUUGUCGAGGCGCCCUCCUGCCUCCUGCUGCUCAUGCCCCGCUUUGGGAAGGACUUCAAGAUGUUUGACGCCAUCUCGCCGACGCUCAGCCUGGACAUCACCGACCUGCUGGACGACACCCUGAGACAGUGCAGCAUCUGCCAGGCGGUGGCUGACUGGGAGUGUCUCCAGUGUUACGAGGACCCCGACAUCACGCCCGGUCAGGUCAAGCAGUACUGCCAGACCUGCAACACGCAGGUCCACAGUCACAGGAAGCGGGCGUCGCACGCCCCCGUGAGCAUCGCCGUCCCCGGGGGCCCGUGGGCGGGGCCUCUGCACUGCGCCCGCCAGCGGAUGUCCCUGUUCGCCGUGACGUGCAUCGAGACCAGCCACUAUGUGAGCUUCGUGAAGCACGGGCCGCGGCCCGACGACUGGCUGUUCUUCGACAGCAUGGCCGACCGGGAAGGUGGCGAGAAUGGCUUCAACGUCCCCCGGGUGAAGGCCUGUCCGGAGGUCGGCAGCUUCCUCGGCCUAUCGGAGGACGAGCUGGCCAGAGUUGACCCCGCCUCCUUGCAGGAGUCCGCCCGCCGCCUGCUCUGUGACUCCUACAUGUGUCUGUACCACAGCCCCGAGCUCAGCCUGUACAAGUGACACACACACACACACACACACACACACACACACACACACGGAAACUAUGCAAACAUCAGACGACGCCCACAAUAUUAGCUUCUGGUUCUUGAUAAUCGGAGCCCUUGUUACUCGGUCCAGUAUGUUAUGAAAUGUUCAUUGAAACUUUUUUUUUUUUACGCCUCUUAGAUCCUGUGAUCACUUCUUGGUGAUUCCAGCCUCAGUUUGUUACCUCCAAUUUUAAAAUAAUUAAUAAACAACCAGUGGCUCUAGUUUUCUAAUCGAUGAUGAUUUUUGAUAUUCACGCUACUUUGUUCUAUUUAGUGUCGCACAGAAAGAGAAACGUACUUCAGUUUUUCAGUGCCUUAAUAACGCUCACGCUGUACAGCUUUAAUUUUGCAAUUUUGCACAUUCAUUGUGUGUGUGUGUGUGUGUGUGUGUGUGAAAGCGUUGCCUUAGAAACACUGUGAAGAUUGCACUCGGAUGUUUAAACUUUUUGUAUUGCUUACGGGUUGUUUGAUACGAUACGGCUGCAAAUAAAUGCUUUGAUACUGA